ACUUGUUCUUUUUGGUCCUUGAGGAAAUAGUCUGCGAUAGGGAUUUUUUUUUUGUUUUGUUUUCGUGCUCAGCCAUGACUCGGGUCUAUGUCUACACAGCUGGCCUGGUGGCCUUUGUUGCCGCCACGGCCAUGAUUGUCGCCUCCAUCACAGAGCCCCAUUGGGUUUCGUACUCGGUGACCACGACCGCCGGCGAGACGCUCGAGAAGCACAUUGGCCUGCACAAGAGCUGCUCCAGCCUCGACGAUCCGCACUGUCGCGAUUUCCCCUCCAAGGAGCUCUGCCAGUAUGGCGAGCGGUACUUUUGCUCCAUGUGGCGGACGGUCGGCUUCAUGGCCUCAUUCACCAUUAUCCUGUGUCUCGCCAGCUUGAUCGCCUUUGCGCUCGUCAUGGGCGGCGGAAAGUACAGGCGCGAGACGGGCUGGCCGUUUGUCUCUGCCCUGUUGACGCUGGUAUCUGUUGUCGAGUUCAUCAUCAUCUCCAUAGUGGCGUACUUGUACGACCAUGACGACCAGUUUACCGUUCCGGGGUGGAAUCUCGAUGUCUCGUGGUACCUUGGCACUGUUAGUGCUGGCAUCUCCUUGGUCAUCGCGGCUGGUCUCGCGGCGUCUGCCUACUUGCUCCCGCCCGAAGAGGGCUACGAAUUUCUCGAUGAUCCGCUUAAUGCUUGAUUCUUUUCACAACGUGUUUGAAAGCGAUGCAAAGGCUGUGCUUUACGAAUUCUUGGCUGUUUCCAUCCGGCGCAUCCGAUUCUUCUCAUGACUGUUGAUUCUCUCUUUGUCUUCUCUUAUCAGUGAAACCGCACAUUUGGUAUAUAGUCUGGCGUUUUGGGAGUUGUUACACAUUGGUCAGUGUAUACAUAAACGACUUGUUUUUGAAAGUUAUACGCAAACGGCGCUAUUCAUAUGUUUUCAGGCUUGCAGUACGCAAUGUACAGCCAUAUCAUGGUUAAUUCUCUAUAUAUAUGACGGAGUAAUGAAACAACCAAGCCUCGAUGUUUUGAGUACUUGGUUGCAAGAAAGGAAAAAAAAAAAAGCUGUGAUAUGUAUUUAGUAACUUUGAAAUUGUCCUAGGCCGUCGGCGGAGUCCGACUUUCGGGGAGCGAACCGGUUGACACGAGGCGGCUUGUGGCGGGGUUGAUAGUAAACAUGGAGUAAAAAGAUCAAUAUCACCCCACU